AUGUGGAACAGCUUCCGACCAUUAUCCUUGAAACAACGCCCCCGGCAUGUAACAAACGCUGCCUUGCAAAAAUUCAAAUACAUGAGUUCUUCGAGUGAUUGUAACUUGAAAUUUAGUAAGCCGACCGCUCCAAGAGCGGUGCCGGAGAGCGCGGGGGACAAGAGCCACUGGGUGAGAAAUGCGGGAGGUAACGGCGAUGUGACGGGCUUUGCAAAUCCAUGGGAAAGCUCUCGUGUGUUGUCUUUUCCAGCACUAUUCAGGGCCAUGAUUAAGCAUAAAUUCUUCUCUGGAGACAGCCAGAAACCUGAUACUACCUCGUCAACUAUACCUGUCGUCAAACCAACCUUUCUCCCGUCAAGAACUGGUUGCAAAGCUCUGCGUGCAACAUGGUUAGGUCAUGCCUGUUACUUCGUUGAGUUUCCGACUGGCCUACGGUUUCUCUUUGAUCCCGUAUUCGAAGAGCGCUGCUCUCCUUUCUCCUGGAUAGGACAUAAAAGGCUCACACCUAAGCCUUGCGAUAUCUCUGAUAUUCUAAUUAUUGAUUGUGUUAUCAUAAGCCACUCUCAUUACGAUCAUCUUUCGUACCCCACUAUCCUAGAAAUUCAAAAACAUCACCCGUCGGCCCAAUUCUGUGUCCCAAAGGGUCUCAAACAAUGGUUCGCAGACUGCGGCAUCAAGGACGCUAUUGAGCUCGACUGGUGGGAGGACAUCGAUCUCACAUUGAAGUCGACCAGCGGCGAUGAUGUUAAGGCUGAAAUCUCAUGCCUCCCUUGUCAACAUACAUCUGCGCGUACUCCUUUCGAUAAAGGAGCCACAUUGUGGGCUUCUUGGUCUGUUUCCUCAGGUGGGAAGUCUGUGUACUUCGCAGGUGACACUGGCUAUCGUACAGUCCCGUAUUUGCCUAGAGAUGUUGAUGACUGGGGAUCAGACCUUGCUCAUCUGCCCGUCUGCCCUGCUUUCAACCAAAUUGGCGAAUUGCGGGGACCAUUUGAUCUUGGCCUGGUUCCAAUAGGAGCGUAUAAGCCACGACAUGUUCUGAGUUCCGUCCACUCAAAUCCGUAUGACUCCGUUGAGAUCUUCAAGGAUACAAAAUGUAAGAAAGCGAUUGGCAUUCACUGGGGAACCUGGGCUGUGGCGGAAGAGGAUGCCAUGGAACCACCACAGUUACUGAGGAAAGCACUCGCUAAAAGCGGAAUUCCUGAGACUGGAGUAUUUGACGUGUGCAAUAUUGGGGAGAGUAAAGAGUUCUGA